AUUAUUUGUUAUUUUUUAUUUUUAUUUCCAGAUUCUCUCCUCCACCCUUCCUUACCCAAUAUUGCCAUUUGAAAAACCCCUGAAAUGCAGAAAUCCCCACCAACGUCAACCCUUCUCUCGCCUGAAAUCUCUUACUCUCGCACAAUCCCCUCCAUUUUCCCUACCCCUACGGUUCCUCCGAUGCCCAUUGCCUUCGCACGAUCGCCAUCCACUUUUCCCACCACUCCCUAACCUCUUAAUUUCUGCCACUUUCUUUGUUAUUGAUUUUGAUUCGCCGACAUUUCGCCGUCGCCGAGAACGAUCACUCCUCCGGUAGCCUACUGCCUUGGCCGCACCUCCUCCGCAGUUCCAGUUGGGGUUUGCGUAUCUUGAGACCGCGAGAUUGUUCCCAAAUUUUCCACUUCUAGGGUUUGUGUCUUGAUUCCUAGGGCUUCUCUUUUGUUCGUUUGGGCUAGAUAUUGAAGUCCUUACAAUAACAUAACUGUUUUGCCUUCUUAUUUGUGGAAGAAAGUGCCCACCUGCAAUUCGGUUUGGGUUUUAUCUGCCUGCGAUCUUCCCAAGUGCCCAAAAUUUCGUUCCCAUUUGCACUGCUUACCAUUUGGCUGCGUUAAAACCGUAUUAUUUUUACGGGGUAGUGUUUUUGAUUUUGAACCCCGAGAUUGUCAGAAGUUUCUGUCUUGGCAUAAGAAUUUUUACAGGCUUAUUUCUUUGAAGCUCAGUAACCAAUUUCCUCCACUUUCUUAAUCACGAAUUGUUUUGUUUUGCUUUUUAUUCUUUGUUUUUGCUUGGGUGCAACAAGAUAUAUAGUACAUAGUUGUUAUACGGGUUCUUGUUAUUGUUGGACGAGGAGGGAAGUGGUGUUUGGGUAAGAAGCACGGGCUAGCAACGGGAUAGCCGUGCAUGGGCGAGCAUGAGGGCUGGGCACAGCCAAGUGGGCUAUUGCCGAAUGGCCUUUUGCCCAAUGAAGGGGCUUCAGUGAUUCGAGUCCUUGAUUCGGAGAGAUGGUUGAAAGCCGAGGAGAGAACUGCAGAGCUCAUUGCCUGCAUUCAGCCCAACCAGCCCUCCGAAGGGCGCAGAAAUGCUGUUGCAGAUUAUGUGCAGCGACUUAUCAUGAAGUGCUUUCCCUGUCAGGUUUUCACUUUUGGAUCUGUACCCCUCAAGACUUAUUUACCUGAUGGCGACAUUGAUUUAACAGCCUUCAGUAAUAACCAAAGUCUAAAAGACACAUGGGCAAAUCAAGUUCGAGAUAUGCUGGAGAAUGAGGAGAAGAAUGAGAAUGCUGAAUUCCAUGUUAAGGAGGUUCAGUAUAUUCAGGCAGAAGUUAAGAUUAUAAAAUGUCUUGUGGAGAACAUUGUAGUCGACAUUUCUUUCAACCAGCUUGGUGGGCUGUGCACCCUUUGUUUCCUUGAGGAGGUUGAUCAUUUGAUUAAUCAAAAUCAUCUAUUCAAGCGUAGCAUUAUAUUGAUUAAGGCUUGGUGUUAUUAUGAGAGUCGUAUAUUGGGUGCUCACCAUGGACUUAUUUCAACAUAUGCCCUAGAGACCUUGGUUCUCUACAUAUUUCAUGUUUUCAACAAUUCCUUUGCUGGACCACUUGAGGUCCUUUAUCGUUUUCUGGAGUUUUUUAGUAGCUUUGAUUGGGACAAUUUUUGUGUUAGUCUAUGGGGUCCUGUGCUCAUUAAUUCACUUCCAGACGUAACUGCGGAACCUCCCCGAAAGGACAGUGGAGAGCUGCUACUUAGCAAAUUGUUUCUUGAUGCUUGUAGUUCGGUAUAUGCUGUUUUCCCUGCUGGCCAAGAUAAUCAGGGACAGCCCUUUGUUUCCAAACAUUUCAAUGUUAUUGAUCCAUUACGUGUAAACAACAACCUUGGACGUAGUGUCAGUAAAGGAAAUUUUUUUAGGAUACGCAGUGCAUUUGCAUUUGGGGCUAAAAGGUUGGCACGGUUACUUGAUUGCCCCAAAGAGAACAUAAAUUUUGAAGUUAAUCAGUUCUUUAUGAACACAUGGGACAGACAUGGUAGUGGCCAUCGUCCUGAUGCUCCAAAGACUGAUUUGCGGCACUUGAGAUUGUCGAACCUGGAUCAACAACAAGUUUCAGAUAAUAUCAGGAACAAUUUAAGUAGCAGAAAAAUGAACCUGAAUUUUGGUUGUGAAACCGAGACUGAGGAGAGUCGUGCAUUGCAUAAUGUUUCCUCCCAGUAUGGUAAUUUACCCUUGGAGAGUACAUCUAGAGGUGAUGUUUCUGCCGUUUCUCGUGCUCAAACUCAAAAGAGUUAUGGCAACAUGAACAAUCUAAGGCCCUCUGACCCGAUCAUGCGGGAAAUCAGUUCUAGUCAGGGUGUUCAUUCUGGAAAAGUUCCAAGAGUGGCUAAACCUGAACACUUGGGGAAUGAUCUUCAGGGCAGGUAUCUUUUUGCAAGGACCCGUUCAAGUCCAGAGCUAACUGAUGCAUAUGGUGAAAUUUCUUCUCGAGGAAGGCAUACUAGAGCACCAGAAACUGCAAAAAACCAAAAUUCUUCUGCAAGACUGGAUAAUGGCAGAAGGAAGAACCUGGGAAUGGAAGUUUCAGCUAGCCAUAGCAGCCAAUCGACAACUGAUGAUCCUUCAUCUGUCAGGCAGGCCUCAUCCCAUCAAAGCCUUGAUACUGCCGCUGAUUUGAGCAGUUCUUUAAAUAGUUAUCAAGAUGAUUCAGGUUUGGGUGCCAUGGCUGAGGAACUUGCAUCAAAUGUGGGGGCACCAGGGAUGCGUCAGGAAGAGCAAGAUCUUGUGAACAUGUUAGCAUCUUCAACGGUUCCUGGUUUCAAUGGACAGGUUCAAAUGCCUCUGAAUUUAGCUUCCACUCAUUUACCUUUUCCAAUUUCGCCCUCCAUUCUAGCAUCGAUGGGGUAUGGUCAGAGGAAUAUGGCUGGUAUGGUUCCCGCUAACAUUCCUUUGAUUGAGCCGUCUUGGGGUUCCAAUAUGCAAUUUCCUCCAGGAUUAGUUUCUUCACCGCUAACCCAUUACUUCCCUGGUAUCGGAUUGACCUCAAAUCCAGAAGAUUUGAUCGAACCAGGUAAUGAAAAUUUUGGUUCCAGGGAAAUGAAUCCAAGAGUGGCUGAUCAUGAUUUCUGGCAGGAGCAGGAUGGGGGCUCAGCUAGAGGAUUUGAUCCUGAUAAUGGAAGUAUUGAAAUGCUUCAGUCGGAUGAUAAGCAGCAAACAAUAUCUGCAGGUAUAAACUCUGCUUCCCUAUCUCGCGUGGGCAGCUCUGGAAGUUCUACAAGAGCCCAACAGAAGUUUGUGAAAGAAAACCGAGGAUCAAUUAGGGAUAAUCAUGUAGAUUCUUUCCAGUAUCAAGAUGACAGAGGAAAUGAUGUUUACUUUGAUGAUGGAAGUUCAAGUUCUAGGUUCUUGCCUACUGCGCAAACUAGUUCCGUGAGAAGCAAAACCUCUUCUGAAAGUUCCUGGGAUGGAUCAUCAGCAAAGGUUUCAAAGUCGACGAGAGAAAAGCGAGGAAGAAAAACAGCCCCUUCUGCAGCACCAGCCGCUGUGUAUGCAAGAGGUAAAAGUGUUUCUGAACAUGGUUCCUCUCAAGCUGAUGAUGACAACAUUGACUGGAAUCCAUUGUCAACUAGAGCCAAUGAAAUGGCAGACAGAAGUCCAGGAUCCCAAUCAGCUCCUCUUCAUGUUCCAAGGCAUCAAAUUCCGGGCUUGGAACCUGCUCAGACGAGUGGAUCAGAUUCACUGAUUAACGUUGCUCCUGUCCUCUUGGGUCCUGGUACACGGCAAAGGGCAGUGGAUAAUUCUGGGGUUGUACCCUUUGCGUUUUAUCCAACAGGGCCACCGGUUCCAUUUCUUACAAUGCUUCCCGUGUACAAUUUUCCAACUGAUCCCGAAACUGUUGACCCAUCGACCAGUCAUUUUAGUGAGGAUGGACAGGAUAACAGUGAUUCUGGCCAGAAUUUUGAUGCAUCUGAUGGACUUGAUCAUCCUGAAGAUUUAAAUGCUUCCAGUUCAAUAAGAAGGGAUGCUUCUGUUGAGCCAAAUGAGGAGCACAAGUCUGAUAUUCUCAAUAGUGACUUUGCUAGCCAUUGGCAAAAUUUGCAGUAUGGGCGGUAUUGCCAGAACCCACGGUUCCAUGGGCCUCUGUUAUAUCCUUCGCCUGUUAUGGUACCUCCUAUGUAUUUGCAGGGCCGCAUCCCAUGGGAUGGUCCUGGAAGACCUCUUUCAGCCAACAUGAACUUCUUAACACAGCUUAUGGGUUAUGGCCCUCGUUUUGUUCCUGUUGCUCCUCUCCAGUCUGUUCCUAAUAGACCUACUGGUGUUUAUCAACGCUAUGUUGAUGAUAUGCCAAGAUAUCGUAGUGGGACUGGGACUUACCUGCCAAAUCCUAAGGCUUCUGUUAGGGAUCGUCAUUCUUCUGGCAGAAGGGGAAGUUACAACUACGAUAGAAGUGACCACCAUGGUGACAGAGAAGGCAACUGGAAUAUAAAUGCGAAGUCUCGAGCUGCUGGGCGCAGCCAUAGUCGCAACCAAGCCGAGAAGCAAAGUGCAAGGAUGGAUCGAUUAGCUGCAAGUGAGAGCCGAGCUGAUAGGCCGUGGGGAUCAUAUAGACAUGACUCUUUUCCUUCAUAUCAGUCUCAGAAUGGUCCAUUACGCUCAAAUUCUACUCAAAGCAGUUCUGCUAUGGCAUAUGGCAUGUAUCCAAUGCCAGCCCUGGACACUGGUGGAGUGUCAUCAAAUGGACCUACUGUUCCAUCUGUAGUCAUGCUUUAUCCAUAUGAUCAUAAUGCUGGGUAUGGUGCACCUGCUGAGCAGCUGGAGUUUGGGUCUCUUGGGCCAGUAGGUAUUUCAGGUAUGAAUGAAACUUCUCAGCUGAAUGAUGGAAGUCGAAUGAGGGGCCUAUUUGAUGAGCAACGGUUUCAUGCAAGUUCUGCUCAACAGUCACCAGAUCAGCCCUCUUCACCUCAUAUCCAAAGGGGGGUUUGAUUAUUUUGCCAGAUCAGUGGCCCAGAAAAAUUAUCGAUUGAAAGAAGAGGAUUUCCCGCCACUUGUGUUUCCAAAUCAGGACAGGAAUUAUGGCGGGAGAAACUAAAAUGAGAAACCAUCCCAUUACCAGGCCCUCUUGUUCUGACCUCUCUUAGAAGAUUUGGCCUUCCAUUGGGAUGGUUCCUUAAUAUUGGGUUAAUGAAUCGCCACCUCUUCAUGAUGGCUUGGUGUUUCUGUGUACACUACAGCUUCGUUUUAGUACACAAUCUUCACGAAUAUAAGACUGGCGGCGAAGGGAAAAGCAGGACUCCCCAGUCGGGCAUUUUCCUUUUUCCUGCCCCUUUUUUUGGGGGUUUGACACAUUGUAACUCCAAAGUAGAUACUGUCAGGAUCAGCAGUUAGGGUUUUAUAAAAGUGUUAUAUCAGGAUUUUCUCACACAUUGUAUUAGGGUUUUUGAUUCAUAAAGUUCAUUGUGUACUAGCCUUCUUUUACAGAAUUUGUUUGAGACGUUAGCAAUGUAGCAAUGUCACUGCCAAAUAUAAAAGUAAGAUGUGGAAGAUUUCUGCAACA